UGAACGGCGUGCCAUGCUGUGCCAUACUACCGCAUCGACAGAGGAGUUGUCUAUGAAUUGAAGUUGCUGCUCCUCUCGAUCUUUCUUCUUCCGUAUCAUUCCACGAGUUUGAUCCUCGAGUUGUUCAAUUCUGGCAGAGCGAUCCUUCUCAUCCAACUGCAAUUUUUAGCAAUUAAUUUACUGAAGAUUUUUUUUUAAGCAAUUUUUCAUUUAAAAAUUAAGUCUUGCCGGAACCGCUAAACCCUAACUUGGGGGCUUCUUCUCUUCCCAUUGCGUCAAUUUUCCGACUUGCGUUCCGGCAGCGUUGGCGUUGGUUGCCAUGCCGUCGUGAAAUAAUGCAUCGUGGAAUAGGGUAUGGUGUCGGUUUGCUCCUGAGGCGUGAGCGGUCCUCAGCGACACUACUGAAUCGCAAGUCUGGAGCUUUAUCUUUCCUCUUACGGCGGUCGACCUGCGCGAGGGCUGGUGGGGUUACUUCUCGAUGCUGCAUUGGAUGGGAUAGGGGUUUCUGCGGCUAUGCGGUGGAGCAGUUCUCAGAUGACGAAUAUGAGUGCGAAUUCGAUAGCCAAAAGCCUUCUUCAAUGGCUAACGUUGAUGAAUGGAGAUGGAAACUUAGUUUUCUUUUACGUAACCCGGAAGAGCAAGAGAUCAUUUCCAGAGACAAAAGAGACAGGCGAGAUUAUGAACAAAUAUCCAAUCUUGCAAAAAGAAUGGGUCUCUACAGUGAACUUUAUGGAAAGGUGGUGGUUGCCAGCAAGGUUCCUCUACCUAAUUAUAGACCUGAUAUUGACGAUAAGAGGCCACAAAAAGAAGUGGUGAUUCCUCUUAGCUUGCAGAGGAGGGUCGAGGGCCUGCUGCAAGAACAUGUUGAUAGGGUGCUGUUAAAAUCUAACAAGAUCAACAGUGAAUUGGAAAACAACUCUUCCAGCAAGGUGGUGGAAGAUGUUGAACCAAAUGAAAACCAAGAACCUUUGGUCGAUAGGUCAGUUAUGGAAAAAAUUCUACAGAGAAAGAGUAACCGAAUGAGGAACUUGCAGAUAACUUGGCAGGAAUCACCUGAGGGUGUAAAGAUGCUGAAUUUUAGAAAAUCCCUCCCUUCAUUCAAGGAGAAGGACAGAUUACUGUCUGCUAUCGCCCACAAUCAGGUGAUUGUAAUUUCUGGGGAAACUGGCUGUGGUAAAACCACUCAACUUCCUCAAUAUGUAGUAGAUUCUGAGAUAGAAGCUGGCCGUGGAGCAUUUUGUAAUAUCAUUUGCACUCAACCACGAAGGAUAUCUGCUAUGGCUGUUGCAGAAAGAGUUUCAACUGAAAGAGGGGAGAAUCUUGGUGAGACAGUUGGUUACAAAGUUCGAUUAGAGGGAAUUAAAGGAAAAAAUACACAUCUGCUUUUUUGUACCAGUGGCAUUUUGCUAAGAAGAUUGUUGGGGGACCCAAAUUUGAAUGGUGUAACUCAUGUUUUUGUUGACGAAAUUCAUGAACGAGGCAUGAAUGAAGAUUUUUUGUUGAUUGUGUUAAAGGACCUUCUUCCACGCCGUCGUGAUUUGAGGUUGAUUUUGAUGAGUGCAACUCUGAAUGCUGAAUUAUUUUCAAGUUACUUCGGUGGGGCUCCAACAAUCCAUAUUCCAGGCUUCACCUACCCUGUUAGGGCACACUUUCUUGAAGAUAUUCUUGAGAAGACUGGAUACAAGCUGACUUCUUUCAACCAAAUUGAUGACUAUGGCCAAGAGAAAUUGUGGAAGACACAGAAGCAGCUAAUGCCACGUAAAAGGACAAAUCAGAUUACUUCUCUUGUUGAGGAUGCUCUUAAAAAUUCAAAUUUUGAGGGCUUCAGUUCCAGAGCACGUGAUUCUUUGGCCUCCUGGACACCAGAUUGUAUAGGUUUUAAUCUUAUUGAGGCUGUUCUAUGUUAUAUAUGUCGGAAGGAGCAGGCAGGUGCUGUGCUUGUUUUUAUGACUGGCUGGGACGAUAUUAGUUGCUUGAGGGAUCAGCUAAGGGCUCAUCCUCUAUUAGGAGAUCCAAACAGGGUGUUGGUACUUGCAUGUCAUGGUUCGAUGGCUACUUCUGAACAGAAACUUAUCUUUGAAAAGCCACCACCAAAUGUACGGAAGAUAGUUCUGGCUACAAACAUGGCAGAAGCAAGUAUUACAAUAAAUGAUAUCGUCUUUGUUGUAGACUGUGGAAAAGCAAAGGAGACUACAUAUGAUGCUUUGAACAAUACACCUUGCUUGCUGCCAUCUUGGAUUUCUAAAGCUUCUGCUCGUCAAAGAAGAGGUAGGGCUGGGCGUGUGCAACCAGGGGAAUGCUAUCAUCUCUAUCCUAGAUGUGUAUAUGAUGCCUUUGCAGAAUAUCAACUUCCUGAGCUGCUACGAACCCCGUUGAAUUCAUUAUGUUUGCAAAUAAAAAGCUUGCAUGUUGGUAGCAUAGGGGAGUUCUUAUCAUCUGCUUUGCAGCCCCCCGAAUCUCUUGCUGUACAAAAUGCUAUCGAAUUCCUUAAGAAGAUUGGAGGUCUAGAUGAGCAGGAGAAUCUUACAAAUCUUGGUCAAUAUCUUUCAAUGCUUCCAGUUGAUCCAAAGCUAGGAAAGAUGCUUAUUAUGGGUGCCAUUUUUCGGUGUGUGGACCCAGUUCUUACAGUUGUAGCUGGUCUAAGUGUUAGAGACCCUUUUUUAUUACCACAGGACAAGAAGGACUUGGCAGGAACUGCAAAAUUACGAUUCUCAGCAAAGGAUUACAGUGAUCAUAUGGCUCUCAUCCGUGCAUACGAGGGAUGGAAAGAUGCAGAGAGAGGAGGAUCAGCAUAUGAGUACUGUUGGAGGAACUUUCUUUCAGCGCAAAUUCUACAAGCAAUUCAUUCUCUUAGGAAGCAAUUUAGCUUUAUUUUAAAAGAUGCUGGUUUAGUAGAUGCAGACUCCAGCGUCAAUAACAGCUUGAGUUAUAACCAGUCACUGGUUCGAGCUAUUAUAUGCUCUGGGCUGUUUCCUGGGAUAGCAUCAGUUGUGCACAGAGAGAAGUCCAUGUCUUUCAAAACGAUGGAUGAUGGCCAGGUUUUACUUUAUGCUAACUCUGUGAAUGCAAAUUACCAGACAAUCCCAUAUCCCUGGUUGGUCUUUGGUGAGAAGGUGAAAGUCAACACUGUAUUUAUUCGCGAUUCAACAGGUGUAUCUGACUCAAUACUGAUCCUAUUUGGUGGCUCUCUUGUGAGAGGAGAAGUGCCUGGGCACUUAAAGAUGUUGGAUGGCUACAUUGAUUUUUUUAUGGAUCCAAGUUUAGCUAACUACUACUGUAGUCUCAAGAUGGAACUUGAUAAGCUUGUCCUUAGAAAGCUUGAAGAUCCAAAAGUGGAUAUCCACAAAGAAAGCAAGUACCUAAUGCUUGCUGUUCAGGAGCUUGUUUCAGGAGACCUGUGUGAAGGAAGAUUUAUAUUUGGAAGAGAAACAAGAAGGGCCAGGUUUAGUAGCAAGGAGAGUGAGAAGCAUGAUUUCGUGAAGAACAACACCAACCCAAAGAGCUUGCUGCAGACGUUACUGAUGAGGGCUGGCCACGCUCCCCCGAGGUACAAGACGAAGCACCUGAAGACCAACGAAUUUCGGGCGAUAGUGGAAUUUAAGGGGAUGCAAUUUGUUGGAAAGCCAAAGAAGAGCAAGCAGUUUGCAGAAAGGGAUGCUGCCAUAGAAGCUAUGGCAUGGCUGACCCACACUUCUGAUAAGAGACACCAGGAUGAAGGAGAUGAAGACUCCCAGAUCGAUCUCACAGACAAUAUGCUGAAGCUUUUAAGCAAAUCAAGGCGAAAGUCGAGGCGCCGUUAAGGCUGAUCAAUCUUGAUGGGUUGUGUUGUACUCAAUAACCAAGGCAAUGCAUAAAGUAAAUUUUGCCAGGUUCUUCGCCUCUGGUGGUCCUAUCAUUAUUUCUUUAGGUCAGUUGGAUUAAUCAAUCCCAAACAGGCUGGCCUUUGAGCAGGACGUUUGGAUGGUUCCUUUGAGAUUCAGCAGUGGAGAGGGAAUGGGAUUGCAAUUGGAUUAAUCUUGUAUUUGGCAUAGCUCAAAUGAGGAAAAAAAUAAUAUAUAUAUUCAUGUAUUUUAUUUUUUGCUUUUUCAUCAUAAUGUCUUAGUUUUCAAGGCAAACCAUUAAUUUUAUUUUGAUACUCAAUUAAAUUGUAAUACCGCAAUUUAGUAUUGUACAUCUUUGAGUACAAGAUUUUAUCUUCGUAGAGGUAUGAUUGAGCAU